AUUCCUUUGUUGCAGGAUGCAUUCAAAAGUAAACAAAUAGUUUCUGCUGUACAAUCGCCGGUCAUGGUAAAGAUCGGAUCAAAAUCGACAAUUUUCAUUCAUUUACUUUUUGUAUUUAAUCGCCAAAUCAUAGUUGGCGAUAAUAAUAAUGAAGGUUUAGUGACACAUUUUCAAGACAGUGAUCAAAGUGACCUUAUAAAUGGUGUUUCGAAAUGGCGCACAAGCCUUCCAAAGAACUGUUCGGUUGUGCGGCACUCUACGUUGGAUGUUUACUAUACUCUUUUUACAAAAACUAUGAAUUAAGCAAUGAAAACUUGGAAAACUACCACACACUCGACACCGGUUGGUUCAUAUUCAAAAACCGACGACGUGACGAUUUCGAUUGGGAAUGGGAACAUUACAUCGGGUUCGUAGAACGGCACGGGCUAUAUUUCCUGGUACACGUCGUUGUGAUGGAACUUUCUCGCCGUGUUUGCGCUAAGCAUACUUCCACCAUUCUAACGAUAUUUGGAUUGAUUGUGAUUCUUCGCAUGUACAACGUGCCAGUAUUAACAGUGAUACUAGUUCAAAGCUUAUCAUUCUAUUACGGUAAUCCAGCAAAGUACUAUCGGUGCACUAUUUGGCUGAAAACAUUCCUGUGGAUUGCGGUUAUUAAUUACUUCAAGGUGUGGUACUUUUACGACAAGCUAAAUGUACACUUCAACAUCCACAACGAUCAACUGCUGGAGCUGAGCCUGAUCACUUCGUGGAACGUGAUUAAGUGCACCAGCUUCUGUCUGGACAAGGGCCGGGAACCAUCAACGAAAGAGCACUAUGGUUUGCGUGAUCUGAUGGCUUAUUUGUUGUACUUUCCGCUUCUCUUAAUGGGACCCGCCAUAGUGUAUAGCCGGUUCAAAACGCUCCACAGCCAUUUCCAGCAUGAACUGGAACCAAACAGCUUUGUCUACCGCAUGUGGAUACUGGCGAAACGAUUAAUGAUGGCAUGGUUUUGGGCGCUGGUCAUGCUGGCAGGACAACAUUUCCUCUAUGUGAAUCUCAUCCAGCAAGAUCUGGUACUGCUACGACACGUUAAUCUUUGGGCACUGUAUGGCCUGGGUUUUCUGAUGGGGCAAUUUUUCUGCAUCAAAUACGUCGUGUUCUAUGGUGUCGGCAUAGCGUUUGGUCGCUUCGAUGGCAUUGAUAUGCCGGCCAAGCCAAUAUGCAUUGCAAGAGUGAAUCAGUACUCGGACAUGUGGAAGUUUUUCGAUCGAAGUUUGUACGAGUUCCUGUUCAAGUACAUCUACACCGAACUGUGCACGAAAACGUCCGGGCUGCCGCGAAAAAUUCUUGCCAGUUUAGCCACCUUCGCGUUCAUCUAUAUCUGGCACGGGGUGUUUCUGUUCAUCCUCAUAUGGUCACUGAUAAAUUGGGUUUGCAUUUUGCUCGAAAGGCUGGUAAAUCACUGCACACCGGCCGACAGUCGCUGGCGUGCAAUUAUCGGUACGCAUGUGUUCAUACCCUCGGUGCUGUCGAACUUUUUCUUUUUUGCCUCCGAAAGCGUGGGCUUCAUCUACCUCCAGCGCACCUACACCGAGAGCAUCAGCAACUAUCUAGGCUUGUAUGUGGCCUCCUACUGCUUCUAUCAAACUGGGCAACUAGUGAAGAAUCUACAAACGAACUAUCGUGCUGACGAAGAACGACGAACGAAAUGA